AUCUUAUUCAUAAUUACAUGACGUAUCAGCGGUUCCCGCUCUGAUUCAAAAACUUUAGCGGCAAUUCUGGCGAAGAGUUGAGCUUUUUACCUGUUUGAAGACAAGGAUAAGGCUUUAUAUUGCCCUUUUCAGCAUUUAAGUGUCUAUCGGCUGGUUAUUUUGAAGUUUUUUUCGGAAGUAAUGCAACGGGAAAGGCAAGAAGAAACUGAACAUGACGACGUCAUGGAAGAAAACGCGGGACCUUUGCUUAUCAACAAACUCGAGGAGCAUGGAAUUAGUGCCAAUGAUGUAAAAAAGCUGCAAGAAGCUGGAUAUCACACCAUUGAAGCAGUGGCCUACACACCGAAAAAAGCUCUACUUGGUAUUAAAGGAAUCAGUGAGGCUAAAGCUGACAAACUUCUCAAUGAAGCCUCUAAGCUGGUGCCAAUGGGAUUCACUACUGCCACAGAAUUUCACCAGAGAAGAUCAGAAUUAGUGAUGAUUACUACAGGGUCAAAAGAGUUAGACAAACUUAUGCAAGGUGGUAUUGAAACUGGAAGCAUCACAGAAAUGUUUGGGGAAUUCCGUACUGGAAAAACACAACUGUGUCACACAAUGGCCGUAACAUGUCAGCUUCCCAUCGACCAUGGUGGGGCAGAAGGAAAAUGUCUCUACAUUGAUACAGAGGGCACAUUUCGACCUGAAAGACUGGUAGCUGUUGCUGAAAGAUAUGGGCUUUCAGGACAAAGUGUGCUUGAUAAUGUGGCCUAUGCGAGAGCCUACAAUUCAGACCAUCAGUCUCAGCUUCUGAUACAUGCAUCUGCUAUGAUGUCUGAAUCAAGAUAUGCUCUUAUGAUUGUUGACAGUGCAACAGCUUUGUAUCGUACAGACUACUCUGGUCGUGGAGAACUGUCUGCCCGGCAGAUGCACCUGGCAAGAUUCCUUAGAACACUACUAAAACUUGCAGAUGAGUUUGGUAUAGCUGUUGUUAUCACAAACCAAGUUGUAGCACAGGUGGAUGGUGCUUCUAUGUUCCAAGCAGAUCCCAAAAAGCCAAUAGGUGGAAACAUCAUGGCACAUGCAUCAACAACAAGAUUGUACCUCAGGAAGGGAAGAGGGGAGACAAGAAUAUGUAAGAUAUAUGACUCGCCAUGUUUGCCUGAGGCUGAAGCCAUGUUUGCUAUCAAUGCAGAUGGUAUUGGAGAUGCUAAGGACUAAAAACUGGAAAGGCAAAAUUUUUUGGAUAUGGUGUAAACAGGAUUAAAAGUCUCAGAUGAGCGCAUCUCUAUUUUAGCAUCUAGUACCACUUGAUGAUUUAAACAUGUGAUGUUCCAUAAGGACUUAGCUAAUACCAUCAUAGGGUGCUGGCAGGCCCUCAUUAUCAUCCCUUCUGGACAAGUGUGACUCAUCUUAAAUCUUCCUGUGGGCAGAGAAACACAAAUUUAAAACACAUUUCACAAUGAGGGGCUGCUUGCAAACUACUGGGCUGCCAUCUUGAAGUCAUCAUGGAGAAGCCAACUUUGUUUUGCUAAAAUAAGAUUCAUAAACAACAAUCAUACAAUCCUGAAUAGUAUUUGUUUUAUUUCUUUGCUAUUUUAUUUAUUCAACUUUUGAAAUUCUCGUCUAAAACAUUAAUGUGAAAAUUAAAUAUUGCACCCUUGAUACUGGCACCAGAUGUUCUAAUCUGGUGAUAACUCUACUGUAAAUAAUAAAAAUCAUACCACUGCUGAUUUGACAAAAAAGAAAAUCAUUGGCUAAAGUCACUCUCAACAUCUAGAAUUUGGAAAUGAGCAUCACAUGUAUUUCAGUUAUGUACACUUUUUUACUGCAAGUUCUAGAAAACCAUGAACACUAUAAAUAUUUCUGUUUGUUAAUGCACAGUGACAAACAAGUCCAAAGAUGUGAGGGGGACAAGAAUAAACAGUACACAGGAGUAGUAAUGGCAUGUAGAUACUAAUUUGUCUCUCUGUUAUCUGCUUGUGAGUUACAAUCACCAAGUUGACUGUUGCUCCUCAUUAUAUACCAAACAUUCUCUUAGCAUUUUAGAGGUUCAUGGUUUUCUGACUUUUCCAGAUAAUGGUGCUGGCAAAAACUGCCCCAUUUGUAAUCUACAAUUUCUCACUAUUUACAAAAUUUUAUUGCAUUACAUUCAUGUAGAAAAAUUUAUAUCAUUUUCUGGAUUUUGUAAAAUUUGUGGCCAUUGCAGCCAAAUUAACUUGUAUUGAACAUUUUGCUAAUUGUUAUAUAUUCGACUCAUUCUGUGUUUUUCUAAAAAUCGUCAGUUCAAUUGCCCCAUCAUGUAACUAAUGCAAAUAGUACAUUACAUUAUGUCUUCCUUCCAUGUUUUGAAUGAAUUAAUGAUGUACAUGUAACAGUAAGAGUAGUUUUCAAGUGAAAGUUGAAGCCAAAACCAAAGUAAUCACAAUUAUCAAUCAGAACAAAAAGUUAACAUCAUUAACUAAUGACAACUCAAAGUAAAAAACAGGCAACCUGCUUGAAGCACUGGAAAACAAAAGUGACCAAGUUGGGGUUGGGUUUACUUUUGAAUCUGUUUGGUUAAGAUGAUGGCAAGAGUUUUUGCAAGACCAAUCACAGAGUAACUAAAGUAUUUUAGGAUCACAUUAAAUACUCCAUUGAAAACUGCUCUAAUAGCAAAAGACAUCUAACAUUGUGUAGACUGAAAGGAUAAUAGCUAAGUGUUUACACACAAAAUGGAAUCAGUUCUCAGACAAUUGUGAUGCAAAUAAAGCAGCAAGAUAGUUGGUUAAACCA